UCUGCCUCUGCCAUUUUGUAGAAAGCUAUACUGGAGUUAGCAUAUGAGCAGUGAAGAGAGAAGAUAUAAUUCAAGAAAAACAGCUUCUUCCUGUUCGCUUGAUUGCUGUUCAAGAGCGGAGGUCUGGAUUUAAGUUGCUUCGAAUUCGGAAUUUCCAAUUUUGAGCCCACAAAGCUCUGCGAAAGCUGUGGUUAAACCUGGAGCCAUCUCCAAGAUGAACAAUAAGUCUGUUCCAAGCGGUGGGCCCUUCGGGGUGAGCAACCGCAGUCCCGGACCAUUCGGGGCGAAAAAGGGUGCCGCUGGCAAGAAGAGUGCACCCCAGCAUGUGAGGCAGAGAAGAAAGACUGAGUCUGACUCUUCAUCCUCAUCCCCAUCGCCUUCAUACAAGCAGCAGCAGCCUAUCAUGGUGUACAACAACAACAGGGGUGGCUCACCUGUCGGCAGCCCCUACUACGCAGGGGCCAAGUUCUCAGAACCGCCGUCCCCUGCGCAGCUGCCCAUCCCACCCACCCACUGGAUGUCGGACAACAAGUCAUCCAACUGCCAUCACAUGUGCAAAGAAGACAAGUACACCGAGAUAACUAACCAGCUCAAGUUGAUGCUCAACAUUAGAGCGUAA